CACAAAUGUGAACCAGAAUACAGGGAGGGAGGUGUAUAUUAUAGACCGGGACAUACAGGCUUCAUUUAUAAAUAGAAAGCUAGCUUGUUCAAAUUAUCCACCCCCUCUUGAACACUCUCACAUUUCUCUCAAACUCUUGACCAUAUUUCAUGGCAGCACAAGAGCCCCUGGUUUUCACAGUAACAAGAAAGUCGCCGGAGCUCAUACGUCCGGCGACACAGACCCCGCACGAGUACAAACUCCUUUCCGACAUCGAUGAUCAGCAGGGCCUCCGUCUUAAAAUCGCGAACGUUCAAAUUUACCGAACCAAAAAUGAAGUGCAAAAUUUGGACCCUGUGAAGGUGAUAAGGGAAGCGCUUGCGAAAACUCUCGUGUUUUAUUAUCCGUUUGCGGGCCGGCUACGAGAAGGGGCCGGGAUGAAACUCGGCGUGGACUGCACCGGGGAAGGAGCGUUGUUCGUGGAAGCGGAUGCGGAUGUCACGCUUGAGCAAUUCGGUGAUGAAAUUCAGCCACCGUUUCCGUGUUUCGGGGAGUUUUUGGCUGAUGUGCCUGGCUAUGGGAUAACUCUUGAUUGUCCUCUUCUCCAUGUUCAGGUUACUCGGCUCAAGUGCGGAGGAUUCAUACUCGCCUCGCAAAUCAACCACACAAUGUCCGACGCUGCUGGAGUUGUCCAAUUUCUGACUGCUCUAAGCGAAAUUGCUCGAGGUGCAGCCGCCCCUUCAACUCCCCCCGUCUGGCAAAGAGAAUUGCUUAGCGCAAGGGACUCGCCUCGUAUCACCUGCACGCAUCCUCAAUACGAUCAGAACGUACCUGUGAUCGAUGAUUUACCUGUCAGAGACCUUCGCUCAUAUUUCUUCGGGCCAAACGAAAUCCGUGCCAUAAACCAAUUGAUCCCUCCGCACAUUGGCAAAUACUCUUCCUUCGACAUUCUCACAGCCUUUCUAUGGAGAUGUCGCACCCGUGCCCUCCAGCUUGGUCCUCAAGAGGAGGUUCGCAUUUCUUGCUUUGUCAACACACGCGCAAAAUUCAAUCCUGUCCUGCCUAAGGGAUACUAUGGGAACGCUUGUUUGAACCCGCAGGCCGUGACAACAGCAGGAAAGCUCUGCGACGGUCCGUUUACACAUGCAUUGGAGCUUGUUAAGAAACUUAAACAAGGCAUUACAGAAGAGUACGUGAAAUCUGUAGCCGAUUUGAUGGUUUUAAAAGGCCGACCUCGUUUCUCAAUGCCUCGGACCUAUACUGUAUCGGACUUGACACGUGCCGGAUUUGGAGACGUCGAUUUCGGGUGGGGCAGGCCGGCUUAUGGAGGUCCUCCCGGGUGUGGAGUGGAGAUGGGCAUAUCUGAGGUGAGUUUUUACAUACCACAUACAAACAAGAAUGGGGAGAAAGGAAUGAUCGUGCCUGUUUGCUUGCCAGCAAGUGCACUGGAUAAAUUCGAAGUGGAACUCAAUAGCAUGUUGAAGAACAAUAGUCAAGUGGCCUUGAUUGAUAAUACCUCACUUCCUAUCAUGUCAGCACUCUAAUUCUUUUAUUACUAAGUGUGAGCUGAAAGUUUGGUGUUGUAAUAUAUAUAUGUUUGGUUUAUCUGGUGUGUGCUCACGAGCACAUAUCAAGUAUUAAAUUUUAUGUGUAUUUAAUUUAUUUUGAUUGAUGUAAUUUGUGCAUAUGCAGGGAGGUCGCCGUUACUAAAAAGUAGGAGUCAAUCAAAAUAAGUUAAACUUAUGAAAUUUAGUAUUUAACACGUGCGCAUGAGCACAUGUUAGAAAAACUCAUAUGGGUUUGCCAAAGAGAAGCACUCUUAUGUACCAAUUAUAUACAUGUAAGUUCUUGUAAUAAAAUUUGCAUUUGUUUGUUAUAAA